CCUCCCUCCCUCUUUCCUCCUCCCCUUUCCUUUUUCUUUCGCCCGCUCGGCGUUCAGUGCGUUCGCCACCCCCACACCAUCCUCAGUGGCGCAUUUCAUCAAGCUUGUGUCCCCCUCGGGCUGGCCCUUACCCGCAGUCUUUUCUCAGCUGAUCAAGAGGAGCCAUGGGUAUCCUUUCGCCUCUCCGCGUGUCUGGCGGUCUUCCCGGCCUGAAGGGUGACCAUGAUCAUCCCCUGGCUGACGAUGCGAGUGAGAUCAGCAUGGACGACUACUACUCCGCCGUCAGCCAGAUCUCCCCGCAGGACAGCGACUCUUCUGAUGGCGAGCGAAGCACUGAGGGGACAGGUACACACAGACAAGGAUGCCGCACCCUUGUCUGUGUGUACCUGUCUUUCUUUGCUGUAACAUGCCACACAGAUGGGCGAGUGCCUUCGUCGGCGGUCACGACCGCGUCGUCCGCUACCUCGCCGGGGCCGUCACCCCGGGCACAGCAGUUCCGAAAGCUGGUGGGUCACAAAUCAGAUGGAUGCACCAACCAAGGCUCGCUGCACGCAACGAACGGGUAUGUACGUGCGCAUGGGUCCGUGCCUGUCUUCCAGGCGUUUGCCAAGCGCGAGAAGCUGCUGGAGUUUGCUUUCGGCGAGGAGGGAUGGAAAGACUGCGGCAAGCUAGAGGGCGUCCAGGUAAACAGAGAAGCACGGCGGGCAGAGGACGGCUCAUUGACCGUCCCUCCUGUGGCUUGUGUGUUGAUUGGUACGUCAGCUCGGUCGCAAGGACUUUCCCUCGGGCCCCUCGGCAGUGCGCGGCCGCCUCAACUUCGGCAAGGCGUACACAGCCAACCAGGUGGCCGACUACGUGAGCAUGCUGGACACGAAGCACGAAUGGGACAGCAUGUUCGACAAGGGUGAGCAGGCAAAACAAAAAAGAGUAGCAGGAAAUAGGCGGAUGUUGCUGACUGAUGGUCUUGUCCUGUGCCUGCUGCUUCAUUCAGGUAGCGUGCUGCACUCGUUCGGCGAGGGGCUGUCGGUGGUGCACCAGGUGUACAAGCCCCAGAUGGGCACCGCUGGCCGCGACUUCGUGGCGCUGGAGCAUCGUUAUGAGGACCCCACCACCGGCAGAGUGACCAUCACCAACGCCUCCAUCGACUGGAGUAAACCUGCUGUCCCUGGCCUCGUCCGAGGUGAUAUCCUUGUAAGCAGCACCACGGGAGUAGGCCAUCCCAUUGAUGCUCUGAGGUUCGUGUGUGUGUGUGUGUGUGUGUGUGUGUCUGACGCAGGUUGCUGGGCUGGUGCUGCAGCCGCUGGCUGACGGCACUCUGGAGGCGACGUACAUCAACCGCGUGGAUGUCAAGGGCAACGUGCCACACUUUGUGGUGCGGAUGGUGCAGACCAAACAGCCCACGACUCUCAAACAAGCCAAGAACAUCCUCGACAAGCGCGGCCUCCCACACAGCGUCUCGGCACCGGCUUCCCACAGGUUGCGUGUUGCUUGAGAGGGAGGGGAGAGGCUCAGUGUAUGCCUUCUUUGUCAAAGUGGCUCAGUGCGGAGCCGCCGCAUUAUUUGAGUCAAUCGCUGUCUAGUCGGUGCUCGGCUCGGCCCUUCGGGCCUCACUUUCGCAGAUGAGCUGUGUGGCUGUGAAGCCCAGGUUGCGUUGCAUUCGUGACCUAGUUGGUGCGAUUGUUUGUGACAGAUGUAUGCGGUCUGUGUGCGUGUUGCGUGGUGUCUUUCGUGACAACAUGUGAGUGCGCCAUUCGCCCCCCUGCUUUUUUUGCUGUCUGGCAUUUAUCCCCCCAUUCAUAGUGUAGUGAGUGAGGCUCUUUGCGAUGCAGUAAGUGGCCUGCCUGCAUGGUCUUCGAUCGGUCGGUCGAUCAGCGUCGGCGGGCAUCUGUCUACACAGUGCCCUCACGCCUGGCUGGCCGCUGGUUGAUCGGGCCUCCUUCUCUCGGCUGAUUUGUUCUUUCUGAUCGCCUUUUGCUGUGCUUGCGGUGCAUCAUGCCUGCUGCGUUUCUGUGUGCGUGUGUUCAUCAACCUGGUCUGUGGAUUUUGCUUGACCACGUGCCUGCUAUUGCCUGAAUCAGUUGUGCUGACCGCGUAGACGCUUUCUUCUGACAACCUGAGCAUGCUGGCGUAGACACGACAUGAGGCAGGCAGGCUGGACGCAUCCGUAGGUUGUCCUCUAUGUGUGAGUGGACCCUUCAGUGAAUCAAUGCAAGUGAUGUACGUA